AUGGAGCCACACUAUCUGUCCCUGCAUAUAGUUCGCGUCUUAACGGAUCUUCCGUUCACACACAGCUGGGCUUCACCGAAUUGGCCCGAAACUGAGGUUCUGAGGGUUCGCACUAAGUAUCAAUGCGACUGUAAGGCAUUUUUCGUCUCGGGGUGGCUGUGCUCCCACAUAUUGGCAACUCUGAAGCUCCUUGACGGCUUCAACUUGAAGGUCUUACUGAGUUCAAUACCAGCGCGUAAGCCUCCGGGUCGCCCACGCAAAGUGCCAAAAGCAAGACAACACGACACGCCCAAUACAGGCCAGUUCGCAGUCCCUAAACUGUUGGAAAAAUUGGCACGCAGGCCUGGGUUUCCAACUAAUUGGAAGGUGCUUGUUCCGCUCGAUAUAAAUGACGACGAUGGCAUCACAACAAAGAAUUUUGACGGAAUCGUGCGACCAUGGUUCGCCAAAGACGGUAAAUACUACUGGAAAAUCGAAUUUGCGGGUGCCGACCUCGACGUUGAGCCGUACGACAUACAGGAGUUAGCGCAUGUGCUGAACCACACCGCCAGGUCCGGUUAUGCGUUUGUGUGA